AAAAGGCUGGGGCUCGUGCAGCUGCUAUUCCAUCCUCGAGCUCUCCCCGAGCCGCUCAGACAAGCCGCACGCGCGCUCCUGUCCACCACCGUCCCCAUCACAGAGCGGGAACCGAGCACACUUCUCCUUCUGCCGAGAACACACGCGCCGAAGAACCAUGGAGGCCAUCAAGAAGAAGAUGCAGAUGCUGAAGCUGGAUAAGGAGAACGCGAUAGACCGGGCGGAGCAGGCUGAGGGGGACAAGAAAGGAGCAGAGGACAAAUGCAAACAGCUGGAGGAGGAGCUGCUGGGUCUGCAGAAGAAGCUGAAAGGAGUGGAGGAUGAGCUGGACAAAUACUCCGAGUCGCUGAAGGAUGCCCAGGAGAAGCUGGAGCAGGCAGAGAAAAAGGCAGCAGAUGCUGAGGCAGAAGUGGCGUCUCUAAACAGGCGUAUCCAGCUGGUGGAGGAGGAGUUGGACCGAGCUCAGGAGAGACUGGCUACUGCGCUGCAGAAGCUGGAAGAGGCUGAGAAAGCUGCAGAUGAGAGUGAGAGAGGAAUGAAGGUCAUAGAGAACAGAGCAACAAAAGACGAGGAGAAAAUGGAGAUCCAGGAGAUGCAGCUCAAGGAGGCCAAACACAUCGCUGAGGAGGCCGACCGCAAAUACGAAGAGGUUGCACGUAAACUGGUGAUCCUGGAGGGGGAUCUGGAGCGCUCCGAGGAGCGUGCGGAGGUGGCCGAGGCUAAAUCAGGUGACCUUGAGGAAGAGUUGAAAAAUGUCACCAACAACUUGAAGUCACUGGAAGCCCAGGCUGAGAAGUACUCACAAAAGGAGGACAAGUACGAAGAAGAAAUUAAAGUUCUUACUGACAAACUGAAAGAGGCUGAGACCCGUGCAGAGUUUGCAGAGAGGUCUGUGGCCAAGCUGGAGAAGACCAUUGAUGAUUUGGAAGAGAAACUGGCCCAAGCCAAAGAAGAGAACCUGGACAUGCACCAGGUGUUGGACCAAACCCUUCUGGAGCUUAACAAUCUAUAAAGAGGCUCGGUGAGGGACAUCUCCGAGAGCAAGACAAAGAAAGAUUAAAUCUCCCACCCCAAGCUCCCAGCACACUCCCUUCCAGAUGUAAAAAAACAAGGAAAUGCGAGGAGUGGUUCAGAAGGAAAUCUAUGGAGCCCCUGAAGUGACAUGAGCAACAAAGUGUCUAUUUCAAGCUGAAAGCUAUUUUGCAUGCGCAGUAUAGUUCAUCAGAAAUGAUCUUAUCAAUGAGAAGUUCCUUCUUGUGUGCACUAACUGCCUCAAGAGCAAUGGUCUUUGCUAGCAAGGUUUCUCUUGUUUGACCAAACAUGAUGAAGCUUUUCUCAGUGGACAUAUUCAUGAAACUGAAGCCCAUACGAGACAGUUGCUGCUGCACACAAGAAACCUUUCUCCUUCACGCGACAUAGUUUCUAACACGCACUAGAAACCUUUAGUUUUUUCCUCUGGUUGAUAAAGUGUGAUACAGGAAAGUCCAAAUGUCAAAGACUGUCCUUGACAAACUUUCAUUUGGACGACCUUGUGGGACAACAUUCAAGUUGUGUUACCUUCAAAAACACACAUAGUGUAUUUUUAAUAGUAAAAUGAACCACUUCUAUAUUGGCUACCAUUUUUUAAGUCAAUCUUUAGGUAGUCUGUAUUUUAGGCCGGUAUUUUUCAAGUUAAAAAAGUAUGACACCUCAAUAUUCUGAAUGAAGUCAACAUUAGAUUAUUAAUGGAAUUCAACUACCAAUUGAACAACUAGUAGAAAUAUAAGUGUGGGACUGAUCUUCCAUGUUAAAAGGUGAAAUGAAUGAAGUGCUGGGAGCUGUAAAGCUGACUUUGAGUAAAGGUUUUAUAUAUUGAAAGAAAAAUGCAUUCCUGAAAUAAUAUCAUAAUUCCAAGAUGCCUUUGAUGAUGUGACUUCUUACAGUGAGGUUGUUUUAAAAUGUCAUGUCUUCAUUGUGUUAACCACUCAGACUGAAGGUUCUACUGUGGACAAAGUGACAGACACAAACUAAUAAUUGGUUGUAACAGUGAUUUCUGUCUGAAUGCAGAAAUGAUUGACUCCUGAUAAGAAUAUUGUUUUUCUUGACUUGAAGUAAAGCAGUUGCAUUGAUUGUUUCCAAGUUGUUACCCAUGUACUGAUGCAAACUCAUCAGUGCAAGCCCUUUGAAUUAAAGACAGCAAGUGACAUGA